CCCGCAGGAGGCGCUCCGUGUGAACCACCCGGCGGCGCUGUCGGUGCAUUUGAACGGCGCCCGCGGGCCCGACGCCAAAGUGCUGAGCCCGACCGGAACCGUCAGCGAAUGCAGCGUGUCCGAAAUCGACCCCGAUCUGUACUCCAUCGGGUUUCUGCCCAUGGAGAAUGGGGUCCACGCGGUGGAGGUGCGGCUGAACGGCCGCCACGUUCCGGGCAGUCCCUUCAACGUCCGCGUGGGGGAGCAGAGCCACGACGCCGACCCCGGCCUCGUCACCGCCUAUGGGGCCGGCCUGCAGGGCGGCGUCACCGGGGUGCGCUCGGAGUUCGUGGUGAAGACGGCCAACGCCGGCGCCGGGGCGCUGUCGGUCACCAUUGACGGCCCCUCCAAGGUGACGUUGGACUGCGUGGAGUGCGCCGAGGGCCACCGCGUCACCUACACCCCCAUGGCCCCCGGCAACUACCUCAUCUCCAUCAAGUAUGGCGGCCCCCACCACAUCGUUGGCAGCCCCUUCAAGGCCAAGGUCACCGGCCCGCGGCUCUCAGGGGGGCACAGCCUCCACGAGACCUCCUCGGUGCUGGUGGAGACGGUGACCCGCGGGGCGCGGGGCCCCCCCGGCUUCGGGACCCUCCCCAAAUUCUCGUCGGAUGCCAGCAAGGUGGUGGCACGUGGGCCGGGGCUCAGCACUGCCUUCGUGGGGCAGAAGAACCACUUCACUGUCGACUGCAGCAAAGCGGGCAGCAAUAUGCUGAUGGUGGGGGUGCACGGCCCGAAGACGCCAUGCGAGGAGGUGUACGUAAAGCACGUGGGGAACCGCCUCUACAACGUCACCUACACCGUGAAGGAGAAGGGGGAAUACGUCCUCAUCCUGCGCUGGGGGGACGACAGCGUCCCGGGCAGCCCCUUCCGCGUCACCGUGCCAUGAAGGGGGGACAAAGGGGGUGAAAAAAGGGGGGAAAAAGGGGGUAAAAUGGGGCAAAAAUGGGGCAAAAAGGGGCAGAAAGAGUGGCAAUAAAUACACUGCGAUUGA